AUGAGUCUUUGCGCGUAUCUCAGUCACAUGAUCUGGAUCAAGCUUGUCGCCAAUCCUACUUUUACUGUGGUGGAAUCUACACAUUACUCAAUGGAUAACGUAAUUUUACCGGCCGUCGCUGUUUGUAUUUCGGAAAUAGAUACUGGCUCCAACACGGAAAAUAUUACCAGGAUACUGACGCAAGCAAAUGAUAAUGUUAAAUUGGAGGCAGGUAAAGAAAUAUCUGAGGCCUUGGAACUAACUGUGAACACAGAAACAAUAUCAACGAAAGGAAUUUCUUCGGAUAGUGUUCCUAAUCUUUAUGUAUUCGACUCUCAAAAUAAGCUGACCCUUCUGGACAGCUCUAUCAUCCUCACUGCCAGAGCUUAUUUCGAUAUCAACGUCGCUGUUUGGAUCAUCGAGUCGUCGGAGGAUGUCAGAUCUCUUUCUUUGCCGAAUAGAAAGUGUUUUCUAAUUGAAAACACGGAAAAUGAGGCUGAUUCCUAUCAAAGUUGCAUAACUUUAUACUUAUUGCAGAAGGUGGUGACGCACUGUCGCUGUUUACCAUUUAAAUAUAGUGCACAAGAAUUAAAGUUGGAAGAAUUUCCACUUUGUUCAUGGGAACGAUUAAAAUGUAUCUACAACAUGUUAGAUAAAAUACAGAGCCAUAUUAGAAAUAUAAUGUCGGAGAAGGAAUGUUAUCAAAAGUGUGACUUGGUACAGUAUGAGACCAAAACAUCUUAUUAUAACAUGGAUAAGAACGACAAACUUCAUUUUAGUCAGACUCAACAUAGUUGUCGUGUCGCCGUUCAUUUUGCUGACAAUACUUGCAUCAAGUACCGAAGAGAGGUUCUCUAUACUUGGGACCAGAUGCUCGCCAACCUGGGCGCUAUCUUCGGUUUAUGCCUCGGGGGAUCCAUUGUGAGUCUUAUUGAGUUACUGUUGUUUUUACUAGAGCUUCUGUUUAUGACACUGUACUGGCAACGAAAAAAAGUGGUGCCUCACAAUAGCAGGACGAACAAAAUAUUUACUUUGACAUCAAAACAGACACAAAACCAAUUCAAAAGCAAAUAUCCUUAUAUGAAUUGA